AUGUCCGAAUGUAUGCCACUCUGGUCCGCACUCGAUGUUCUCAUCCGCUCUGCGCUCAUCGCCCUCAGCGCAGCCUCGUUCCUCCCACAACUGUCCCGCGUCAUAGUACGAGGAAACCUGACCGGUAUCUCGUCAGGCAAGAUCAUCAUCGACCAGCUCGUCGCAACCUGUUCCCUGGCCAUGGUCAUUGUGGCGAUGUUCGGGUAUCCGCUGGGUGAUGAUCCGUUGAGUGCUGCGCAAAGGCUCGAUAUUGCGCAGUUUGCGGUGCUACUCGGUUUGUUUGCGCUCUACCUUCAAGUCAAAAUAUUGAAGCAGCGUCGCUCGCCAGGAUCACUCAGCAUCAAUGGACUCUUGACUCAGACUUUCGUCAUUUUUGUGGUCGGUGUCUCUAUGGUCUUUAGGGUCAAAGUUCCCGCUCAACGCCCGCUCCGGCUACUGGAGUGGCUGUUGCUGUGGUAUGCCAUGGUGGGAUUUGCGACUCUCAACAGUCUGAUCUUUGCGUUCAGCCAGGGUGCGCUGUGGUGGCAUGCUCGGAGACAGUUCGUCGAGGCCGAGGUGAGGGAAUGCGAGGCUUUGCUGCAGCAAAUUGAGUGA